GUCGCGAAGAAGAUACUGGAUUUACUGAAGACGAUGAAGAAAUCCGAAAGCUGCACCGUCGUGAAAAAGCUCGUCAAUUUCGACGUGAUAUCAAUCAUGUGCGACGCCAUGCAGGCGUCGAAUGAGGAUUUCGUCAGAAACGUUCUCAAGUGCUUCGAGAUUCUGAACAACUACACUGAAUUCUACGAGAGUCAAACGGCCAUCAAGGCUCUACAGAUGAUGCUGAGGCUCAGUUACUGCAUAAAUAUAUCGCUCAAUGAAUCAACUCUGUUUGAGAAACUUAUACAGAGCAUAGCCGACAUACUUGUUAGGUCGCUGCAAUUAAACGUGAGCCUCGACACGGACUGCAUUCUGCAGCAAAUUGUGCUCUUCGUGCAGAAUCUGGACAUCGAAGUUUUGCAGAAGAAUACGUUAAAAUUUGCAGCUAUCACGAUAUUAAACGUUGUCCUGCAGAAGCAGGCAGUUUUCGAUGACAAUACCAAUGAGGAGAUGAUUAUCGACGUCUCUCAUAAGGCAAUACAUUCAAUGACAAAAAUUGUCAAAUACGACGAUGACGACGACACGAUUUUACUCGCCGCUAAUUCGCUAUGCAGUACCUGCGCUAGCAGUUCUCGAUUCUGCUUCAUGCAAGUUUCGAGGAAAGAGAGUGAGCCCGAGUUGCAGAUUUGCGAGAAGAAAAUUUGCGAUUUGGAAAUUUGCGUGUACGAUAAGAUGAUGGAAAUACUUAUACCAUACGUUAAAGACGCAGACUUGUCUCGUCUUGACUCGGUCGGGUUUUACAGAAAUCUCGUCUCCGCUCUGAACCACUUGUAUCAGUUGAAAAACUGUGAUAAGGACAGCUUGUCAAACCAUUUGGCUGCGAAUGGUUAUUUGAAGCGCUUCGUAUAUUUAACCGUGGAGUUUCCGGAGAAUUUACGAAGGAGCACCUGCAUAUUACUAUCUCGGAUCCUGAGUAUUCUCGGUAGUGCUGCAUUCUCCAUAGAGACAGCGAAGUUAGAAAAGAUUUUGUAUCCACCUCUCCUUCAGUUGCCAAAAGAUUUAACAAAAUGGAGUCAUUCCGUAGAAUGCAAAAAAGAUGGAUCAGUGCUUAUAGUUCUGCUAUACUAUCAUUUUCUUAACACUCGAGAGAACCUGGUAACCUUAGAAAUGCUAACGACUAGAGUCAUGAUACUCCCAACAUCUAUACCGAUUUCAAUCCUGAUUUUAAAACCUCUGUGGUUAUUAUUUGCUGUAACGUCUCUAUCUCAUCCGAGUCCUAAUACAGUUUAUCAAUAUGAAAACGCGGUUAAUCGACUGACAAGCAUCUUACAACAUUCAGAGAUCAGGAAAUUUUAUACUCAUGAUACCGAUCUUUUACAUUAUUGUUUCAAUUGUCUGAACAAUUCGGAAGACAAUCUACUAAGCCGAAUUUUUAAUUUGUGGCUGAUAGAGUCUGAUGGUGAUAUCAACCCACUGUUAUCCAAAGGUGACAAAAUCCUUCGACAUUUAUGGAUCGCGAUACGACAUGAGUCCCAACCUAUUGUCAAUGUCGCUAUGAAAGGUUUUCGUCAUUUAGUGCAGGCCGUCAAAGAUAACGAACGGCUCAUGCAUCAAAUCGUGGGUCUUGUGUGGUGUAUAUUACCUGAUAUUUUUUCAUCGUACCAACCGGAUAAUGUCGCGCAUAUAGAGACGGCUCUGGAAUUAGUUAAUACCGUCCGACCAUCCACGAUACCGAUACCGAUACCUGGCAUAACACGUAGCUCCGCUAAUAUAAUCAAUAUUAUAUUACAGAAGAACUCAGAUUUAAAAUUCAUGACUUUAAUUAUAGAGCAAGCGUAUAUGUUAUUAGAUGUCGCUAUGUCAUGCAAGUUAUCUAAAGUGCUUGACACGUAUGUGAACAAUUUUCGGCUAUUGACACAGCUAUACGAGUAUGGAUUUUCGAAAAAGAGAUCACAAUUGUCCACUGCCAGUAUAAAACUACUCGCAUAUAUUAUUUAUUGUCAAAAAAAAUUAUCAGUAAAGUGCAAAAGGCCAUUGAAGGUAUCAGUAAAAAAUGUGUAUGAACUGUUAAACGUAUGCGCACACGUAGAAACAUCACCGGACCACAAAGUAAACGAAAUGCAUUUUAUACACAAACUCUUAAUAUCAAAUAAUGAUGGCUCGGCCAUUAUUUUGAAAAAUGUCAGGCCCGAUAAAGAUAACAUCUACCUAUGUAAUCUUUAUCUAGCUUUCUAUUCCAUUCGUGGACAGAAAUACAUUGAAGAUUUAGUAUACCAAGGUUUAGUGAUUCUAUUACAUUUUUGUAAUACCAAUGCAACUAAACUAAUACCUUAUUUUUGCACCAUGAUAAGUACUUAUGAUUUCAUCCUUAACGUAAACAUGCAACUUCCAUCGAAUCAUUUUGUCAAAUUCAUCGCUACGUGGCUGCAUUAUUGUAAGACAAGAUGCAUGAUCCCACUGUGGGAUCCGCUGUUUGAAAGAGUAUUGGAUAAGCUUAAAGAAUAUUUAGUACUCCUUAAUAAUAACGGAAUGAAAGACGCUCAUCUGGAAUUACAAAGCGCGGUAAGCAGACGUUUUAAAAUAAAUCCAUACAUUAAGAUUAAUAUCUUAAUUAAUUCAGAUUUUCCUUACAACUUUUCACUUUUUUGUUUUAGCUGUCGCAGUUUAAGUAAAGAAAUAACAGUUUUACAGAUCGUAUCACGUUACAUCACAAUACAUGUAGCGUAUAUUAAGGAGAAAGUUGUAAAACUGGAUUUAUGUCUAGAAUAUCAGAUUUUCUGUUAAACGUUCUGCUAGACGUUCUCUAAAAAUGUGUUUUAUUUUGAAAAAAAUUAAGUUGUAUAAGUAUAACAAAUUUACAACAAUAUUAAAAUACUGCUAUUUCUCAUCUGCUAUACUUAAAAAUUAUUCGAAUAACAGAUACAUUCAGAUUAAUUUCGUAUUGUUUCAAAAUGUUGUUUUUUUGCAAUAAAAACAGUUCUUUCAGUUUGUU